AUGACCGACUCAUUGCUGGAGCUUCUCGCUCCACAUCUCGAGACUCCCAGGGCGGAUGACACGACCUCUCAGUAUCUCAAUCAUCUUUCCACUCUCUCAAUCCAGGAUCUGCAGUCUACCGAGCUCCAGUCUCUCGCCCAAUCCUCCCACUCGACCCUCCUCUCCCUCCAGGCACUGUCCAAUCGAUCUCACCGGUCAUUUAUUACCUCCGCCGACAAUUUAUCUUCUUUGCGCACGUCAAUCCCACAAUUGACGCGCGAGGCCCAGCAAUUAAGAGAUGCCAUCCCCAAACUCGACGAGGCGGCGGUGGGCUUCUCCACCAAGUAUAGCAAGAUCACCGAUAAUCCGGCCCUGGAGCGCCGGAAGAAGGCGACGCAGUUAGCGCGCAAUGUAGACCGACUGUCCGAUAUCUUGGAGCUCCCAAGUCUGCUCUCCACGGCUGUGUCCGCAGCAUCAGCCAACUCGGGCGCGGGCGCCUCCUCCACCACUUACUCCUCUGCUCUCGACUUACACGCCCACAUCAAGCGCUUGCAAACACUAUACCCCGACUCCCCUCUAAUCCAAGAUGUUGCCUCUCAGGCCGAGGAUGCGAUGAAAGAAAUGACGUCCAAUCUGAUUGCAGGCCUCCGCGCACAAAACCUACGGCUUGCAGCCGGUAUGCGGACCGUUGGAUGGCUGCGUCGAGUUGCUCCGGACUUGGAACUGUUACAAGGAGAUGGAUCGUCAGGAACGGGAGAAGGAGCGCUGGGCGCCAUUUUCCUGAUCUGCCGACUGGCUCAUCUUGUGUCAACCUUAGAAGCAUUAGAUCCACUCCGGGAACUUGCAGACCAAGAAACGCAACGCAGGGUGGAUGCGAAACAGAAGUCCGAGUCUUGGUCAGAUGGACAACAGACGGACCGUUAUUUGAAACGAUACAUCGAAAUCUUCCGCGAGCAAAGUUUUGCCAUUGUUUCCCUAUACAAGAACAUAUUCGCCACCGAGCAGUCCGAGUCUACUGAUUCCAGCCAGAAGGCGAAGGACCCUCUGCAGAACAGACCCUCUGCCCUUGCGACCUUCCCCAUGCACUUGGUUCAGCUGCUUACGGAUACGAUGCGGGCAUAUCUGCCUAAUGUUCGAGAUCGGAGCUCCCGCGAAAGCCUGUUAACGCAGCUGCUAUACUGCGCGGCCAGUUUGGGGCGUCUUGGGGGCGACUUUGGAAUGAUUCUGACCGAGCUGAGCGGGGAAGAAGAGAUGGAGUACGAAUGGGAAGAGGUGAUGCGGAAACACCGAGCGUUGGCCGGCCGUUUGGAACAAUUAACAAGUCGCGUGGCUGCGCACUAG